AUGGUCAUCGGCUCUAAACGAGACACAGUGUUACCACAAUCGCUUUGGGAGGACAAGGGGGAAUGUGUGGAAGCCAGACUGUUCCCCCGCAGCGGCAAUGGUGCGGAAGAUCAUUCUACGCGAUUCGGCGUUCCUAUCAAGCCAAGUAUACCCAGCCAAAAUAUUAUCACGCGCACGACAGGACGGAAGGUCAACUAUCAUCAAACCUAUAAUAUUGAUCAAGCUGGGUUUGGCAUCAUAGCAAUCAAAGACAUUGAAAACUUUCCGAUUUGUCUUCUGAAGAUGCGUGAAGGUCGAAACGAGGAGCUGCGGAAAUUGAAGACUACAUCCCAUAGGAACUUGGUGAGUCUGGUGGAUAGCUUUCGGUCCGAUGCCAAAAUCAAUAUUGUGUACGAGUAUGAGCAUUUAGCAAUCUCGUUGGGGUGUGCUGCUGGAACUGUGCAGUUCAAUGAGGCAGACAUAGCGACAAUAUGUAAGGAACUUCUUCGAGGUCUGAGAUACAUUCACUCGGAUCUGAAGAUUUCUUAUGGUUUGCUUGACUGUAGUAAUAUCCUUCUAACAUAUGAUGGGGGGUUGAAACUUGGUUGGUAA